AUGUCGACUUUGUCCAAUCUGACACAGACAUUGGAAGAUGUCUUCAAGAGGAUUUUUAUUACUUACAUGGACAAUUGGCGCAGCAACACGACUGCUGAGCAAGAGGCCCUGCAAGCCAAACUUGACGCUGAGAACUUCUACUAUGUCAUCCUGUACCUUAUGGUCAUGAUUGGGAUGUUCUCUUUCAUCAUUGUCGCUAUCCUGGUGAGCACGGUGAAAUCCAAGCGCCAAGAGCACUCCAACGACCCCUACCACCAGUACAUCGUGGAAGAUUGGCGAGAGAAGUACAAGAGUCAAAUUUUGAAUCUGGAAGAAUCAAGGAGCACCAUCCAUGAGAACAUCGGGGCAGCAGGGUUCAAAAUGGCUCCUUGAUAAGCAGGAAAGGCGUAAUGCCAACAGCUGAUACCUGGACAUGAAGAGGUACCUGUGCAGCAGAGCAAAUCCAAGUUGUCGUUGCUUAGAAGACACUAAGUUUCUUGCUUUCUGUUGAGAAUUUUCACGGAGACCAUGGGACAACUCAACUAAGGUGACAUUUUCAUCUCAGUGUGAUUUAUACUUGUUCAUCAGAGCAGCGUUUUAUGCUGAAGACCUCUUUUACUUUCUGUGCAAUAUAAUGUCAUUUUAAUCAAUGUCAGAUUUGACACAUUUUGUCAAGUUAGUGGAAAUAAAGUCAAAUUUGAAGUACAGAGACUGUGUGCUAGCAGCGAGGAUGGGGGUAGGGGACAGUACUAACAAGUCACUGGACCGUCUUCCCCAUGAAACAUUAUUUCGUAUGUGAUGAAUUCACUUUAUAAAUAACCCAGAUGUAUUGCGCAGAGGCUGUGGUUCAAAAAUGUGUCAUCUGCUCACAGACUUGACAUCAGAGCAUUUAUUGAUUAAUUCAUGCAUAUUGAGUCUGAAGUGAUCAAUGGACAGAAUCACCAGGUUGCUUUAUGCAUAUUGUUUUCCCGCUAUCUAGCUUAUUGGGAAGUCUGAAGACAGAACGAACAUUUCACAAGGGAGACUUGUCCACAACAGACACGCGGCACCUUUAAGAACUACCCGGGGCAACAGAAUCAUAUUUUUAAAUUAACAUCUAAAGUUUUGUGGAAAACUAACUCUUUAAAGUUCUUGUUAUUAUAGGAAAAAUAACGAAACGUUGUA